AUGGCCCGCGGGGAGCUCGCGCUCCUGCGCUGGCUGCGGGACGGCCGCCAGUCCAGGAAGCUCAUCCUGCUCAUCGUCUUCAUCGCGCUGCUCCUCGACAACAUGCUGCUCACCGUGGUCGUGCCAAUAAUUCCCAGUUACCUUUACAGCCUCAAACAUGAGAAAAAUGCCACCGAAAUCCAGACCASUAAGCCUAAUGUAGUUCCCACAACAGUGGACAAUUUCCGGAGUAUCUUUUCCUAUUACGACAACUCAUCCAUGUUUACUGGAAAUGAAUCUGAUAAGAUCAGGCCAGCAGAGCGUACCCAGACAGAACAAAUGAUAGUGAACGUGACAACCUCACCGUCCGAUUGUCCGAAGGAAGAUAAGGACCUGCUGAAUGAAAAUGUGCAAGUUGGGCUGUUGUUUGCCUCAAAAGCAACAGUUCAGCUCAUCACGAAUCCUUUCAUAGGGCCACUGACAAACAGAAUAGGCUACCAGAUUCCACUGUUUGCUGGCUUCUGCAUCAUGUUUGUGUCAACAAUCAUGUUUGCUUUCUCAGGCAGCUACACAUUACUGUUUAUUGCAAGGUCCCUUCAAGGAGUGGGUUCUUCUUGUUCUUCAGUGGCAGGUAUGGGUAUGCUUGCCAGUGUUUAUACUGACGAUGAAGAGAGAGGCAACGCGAUGGGAAUUGCACUAGGAGGUCUUGCUAUGGGAGUAUUAGUGGGCCCCCCUUUUGGGAGCAUCAUGUAUGAGUUCGUGGGGAAGAGCUCUCCUUUCCUGGUGCUGGCUGCGCUCGCGCUCUUYGAUGGAGCUGUUCAAUUACUCGUGUUACAGCCAGCCCGAGCCCAAGCAGAAAGCCAGAAAGGGACACCGUUACUGACGCUCUUGAAGGACCCCUACAUUCUUAUUGCAGCAGGGUCAAUCUGUUUUGCAAAUAUGGCAAUUGCUAUGCUUGAACCAGCAUUACCCAUCUGGAUGAUGGAAACCAUGUGCUCAAGAAAGUGGCAACUUGGUGUGGCUUUUCUUCCGGCUAGUAUCUCUUAUCUUAUUGGGACUAAUAUUUUUGGGAUCCUUGCACACAAAAUGGGAAGGUGGCUUUGUGCUUUACUUGGGAUGAUAAUCGUGGGAAUAAGUAUUUUAUGUGUACCAUUUGCUAGAAACAUUUAUGGACUCAUAGCACCCAAUUUUGGAGUUGGAUUCGCCAUUGGAAUGGUGGACUCUUCCAUGAUGCCCAUCAUGGGCUAUCUGGUAGAUCUGCGGCAUGUGUCCGUCUACGGGAGCGUGUACGCGAUAGCGGAUGUGGCCUUUUGCAUGGGGUUCGCGCUUGGUCCCUCUGCUGGUGGUGCCAUUGCAAAAGCAAUUGGAUUUCCAUGGCUCAUGACAAUUAUAGGAAUCGUGGAUAUCCUUUUUGCUCCUCUGUGCUUUUUCCUUCGAAGUCCAUCUGCCAAAGAAGAGAAAAUGGCAAUACUCAUGGAUCACAACUGCCCUGUUAAAACAAAAAUGUAUACUCAGAACAACACCCAGUCCUAUCCCAUAGGUGAUGAUGAAGAAUACGAAAGUGAUGAAUACCAUUAAAAGCCAUAUCAAGUAUUCUGGUGUACAAAAUGCAGUGUUUCAUGUGGACCAUCUCAUCCAGAAAUGU